AUGACGGACCAAAUCUUUCUUUUACUUCCUCUUCCUGCAGAUACCUUCCAUUCCCUGCUCUCCUUCAAUCUAAAUCAUACCUACUCGCUCUUCGACAGCACCUACGGGACGAUCUCUCAAGAUGCUAAACCCCUGGUGUCUACCCUCUUCUCUGACCUUGAACUCUACCUCCGUGGUGAUGCCAACACCUCUGUAGAACACUCAGUCCACAGUUUCUACGACAAACUCUUCCCAUUGGUGUACCAGCACUUGGUCAAUCCUGGCUUGGGUUCAGAUGUUUCUAUCUGGUCCUCCGAAGGAAGUGAGUGCCUACGUGCCACUCGACAUGACGUCAACCCCUUUGGCCCUCACCCGCAAGAACUUGCUCAGGGACUGUCCAGGGCACUAGUGGCUGGUCAUGCCCUCAGUCGGGCACUGGCGAUGGGUUCUGAGGUUCUCAAUGCCACCGAAUCAGUAGGAAUGGCGCGCCAAUGUGGACGUGCACUGGUGCGGAUGCUGUUCUGUCCGCACUGCCGUGGAUUGACCCUGAUCCGGCCUUGCGGAGGCCUGUGUCUAAAUGUGAUGCGGGGUUGCCUGGCAGGCCUAGCCGAGUUGGAUGGGCCAUGGAGACGAUAUGUAGCAUUGCUGGAAGGGCUGAGCGGGGCACUAUCAGGGGGAUACGAAGUGGAACUGGCACUUCUACGCAUUCGGGAAAGAAUUAAUGAUGCCAUCCUUACUGCACAACUCCAUGGACCACAUCUCAGCGCCGUGGUGGGUAAAGUUUGUGGUUCCUUGACCGAACCGGUUUCGUCCACUCCAGUCAGUCCCACCUCAAGAAGUUUGACUCCUUCAGUAAACCCAACCAGUGAACUCCAAACCUCAGUCACGUCCUCCAGUCCUACAGCACUUCCUAAUACAGGCAACCAACAUGAGCACAUAACACUAAAAAGAAGGUCUCUGCCUCUGAAACCCUCCAAAAACGACAAACCCAGAAGCCUGAAAAAGAUUUCAAAGGAGUUUAUGGGCUACAUCCAGCGGUACAAAUCAUUCUUCUCCACCCUGCCGGAGAUGCUGUGCGAGGGGGAGGUCGUGAUGGAUGAAAACACCUGCUGGAGUGGAGAAGAUGUGGUAGAGAGUUAUACAGGUCACGUGGUGGGGAAUGGACUGAAAGCCCAGAAACACAACCCAGAGAUAAAGAUCAGAAGUGUGGAUCCAAUCCUGGUCAACGUGAAGGAAAAGCUAGAGCACUUCAACCAGGAGAUGUGGGAGGAGAUGGGUUUGGGAACAGAUGGCCGUGAGGACGUGGAGACCAGCAGCGGCGACGCAGCAGAAGGCAGCAGUGAGUGUGAUGAUGAAGACGGCUGUCAAGGAUCGGGCCGCAGUGAAGACCAGACAGUGCUCACUAAAAAGGAAAUCCAUGUACAAAUUCCACCACGGGACACCAUUAUCCCAAUCCAGUCCCCCAAGUCCAGAUCCAAACCGGGCGCGCCCAACAAUGGAGUGGCUCACAUCCCAACCAUCUCAUCCUUCCUAUUUCUUCCUCUCUUACUCAUAAUACAGCUCCUUCUCCGGCCCGAUGGCGUCUGACGCACAGUAAAAAGACUGAAUUAUUCAAGCAUGCAUUUGCACUAGGUCCUUAGAAGUCCGCACAUUUGUCUUCUGAUCUCAUCAGAUGCUCAGUAAUUUCUCAUGUCGGCCUUACACAGGAUACGACUCUUCAGAAACUGGUUAUUCAUUCGCUCUGGGCUGUUUUAAAGGGUUUAUGUAGCUACUAAGUAGUGUACACAGACAGAAAUGUGUGAUCAUGGUACACCAUCAUUUCUUUGGUGGUUUUACUGUCUUAUUUUUUAGUGUUGCUAUUUUGCAACUUUAUUGAAUAAGGAUUUACAAUUACAUGCAUCUAGUUUGGUACAAUUUAUAGUAACACAUCACAUUCUGAAUUGAUUCACACCUUCUUGUAGGAGUUACAUGAUGGAAAGGCUGAUUUGUUUUUAUAAAUGUGUGAUUAUUAUUGUCUGUGUGGAUUAUAUUCAAGAAAGAAAGAGCUAUUUUUAUUCUCCUUUUAUCAGUUUACCUGGGAGAAUCUUACAAAGGUUAUAUU